GUUGAAGUAUUUUUCAAGCCUAAAGAGGAAAGAGUGGAUAUUAACGAAGGAAUAGUGGUUGCUGUAAAACUCCUACAUGAAAGAGCUGGUGCAGAAGAGAAGGAACAGUUUCUUAGAGAAAUUUCUUUUAUGCAGCGAGUUGGUACUCACAGGAAUGUGCUAAAUAUGAUUGGAUACUGGGACAGGUCAGAACCCCUCAUGCUUAUCCUGGAGUAUGUUCCACAUGGAGAUCUUCUUCAGUGGCUAAGGAACAAAAGGCAGCAGGUCAAACGCAAAAAAGGGAUUGAUGGCGUUAUUCUUGAACCCUUAGCCCAUAUUACAGAUGACACUGCGAGCUCCAAAAAUGUCUCAAUCGAAACGUUAGGAGAUGAAAAAUUUCUUGGAGAUAGCGAUACUGACAAGGAAAUUUUAAAAGGGGGCGAAUCAACGGAAGCUCCCGAUAAUCAAGAUUUUAUCGUCACGUCGGACAUUUCAAUUAAAAUGGAAGAACAGCCAGAUGAAAUGCUAUUUGAAAUUGAUAUCAGCCAAACUGAUUUUCCUACUGGGGAGCGAGGGGAGAAAAUAUCACAGGGCAAACAGUUCAAUAAACAAGGCUGCCUGAGUGAGUUCGACGUGCCUUUUCCCUCUGAAAGUGCAAUCGCCCGAUUGAAUGAAUCUACUGUUGAUUUUCGGCCCGAUGAUAAAAACGGAAGUGAUGUGAACACCCCGACAGAGAAGGAGACCACAAAUGAAGAUAAAGGGAGAGAUGGAGAUAAUUCAUUUAUCGAUGAAGAGGAAACUGUCUCAUUUGCCUCGCCAGAGCCCCAGGAUAACAUGGAGGAACAACAGAAAACGGAUAGUGAUGAUGCGCAGGUGUUUGACUUCACCGUCAAAGAUGUACUGUGCUUUGCAUGGCAGAUAGCAAAGGGAAUGACCGUUUUACAGGAAUACUUGACUGGAAAGGGAUUUGUUCAUCGUGAUCUGGCCGCACGUAACAUUCUUCUUGGUGAAGACAGAGCAGUGAAAAUUGCUGACUUUGGCCUAUUACGUCACACGUAUGGGGCCAUUUAUGAGGUCAAGAAGAUAAAAAUACUGCCAAUCAAAUGGAUGGCGCCUGAGGCUCUGGAAAGGGCUAUAUUCACCUCUAAAAGCGAUGUAUGGUCUUUUGGUGUACUUCUCUGGGAAAUGUGCAUGAUGGGUGGCAUUCCCUAUCCUGGGAUCUACAACAGAGAAUUGUACAAGCUUCUCAAGUCAGGGUAUCGAAUGGAUAAACCAGUCGUGUGUUCUGAUGAGCUAUACGAGUUGAUGUUAAACUGUUGGAGGGAAGACCCAGAGGAGAGACCAUCAUUUGAACAGCUGAUAACAAAACUGGAAGAAAUGAUAACGAGGGACACUCCUUAUUUCGAUUUUAAUACAGACUAUGAAAGCGAUGCAUCUAACACUGAGACAAAAUCCAAAAGUGACUAACCACAUAAAUGACUUGUGUUUGGCUGGAUAGGUUUUCAGAAGAGAUUUUGUUGUUUUCAUACAUAUUCGAUGAUUUGCAAAAGUAGUAACAAAGGAACUUGCUAUAUUGUUAGAUACAUUGUAACUGAAUAUUAAGAGGCUGUCUCUCUUAAUUCCUGGUCAAUUUCGCGUAAAAAAUAAUUUUGCCUGAAACUCUGUCAAAAGAAAGACUUUACUUAGGAAAGAACCAAAUUAGAUUUUGCUUGAUUCGAAAUAAUUUUUUGACUACAUUAGGGGCCACAGUCCGUAGGGACCGUUGCAAGAUCUCGAAAAUUGAAAAAUAGACAUAUUUUGUAACUUUGUAAAAUAUUUGAUUCUUAUGGUUAAGCCACGAAGUUUAUAU